ACAUGUGCGUCAAUUUAUUAAGUAAUCGGAUAUUUGGUCUUUACUUGGGUCUCUGGAGAAAAUUAUACCAGACUUUGUCUGUCUGUAGAAAAGAUAUUAAAAUAGUACUAUUACAAAACAUGGAUAGAGAUCUUGAGGCUAAAAGAAUUAACUCUGUGAUAAAAUAUCAGUUACGCCUUCGUGAGAGUCUGUUCGUGUGGAUUGGAGGCCUUGACUUGAUUGUGUGGUUCAUGAUUCAGCCUGGCUACAACCCGUAGGUGUGAACAGCACGGUUGAAUGAGUGGCUAUCCUUUUCAAAUUAUAGGCCUACAUAAGUAUAGGAUUUAUCCUCCACGGUUGAGUGAUUCUCACUAACAGUACUGUAGUAUAUUAACAGAUAUUUUUAACAAUGUAUAGUGGUAUUGCCAAGAGUUAGUGCUUAACAAUUUAAAUGAGCAAACAAGAUGUGUAUUUAGUUGAUCAGCCCACAAGCAAGAGAAUGUGUUAACAAAACCGAAAAGAAAAACUGAACCUUCACCUGAAAAACCAAAAUGAAUGAUGAGAAAUAAAUGGACAGGCGAGAGGAAGAUUUGAAAAGAAACAAGUAAGAAGAUGGAAUCUAGAGAGAAUAUGGAAUCGCAGCUUCAGAGUCUGAAUCGACUGAGCAUAAACCUUGAUAAAGACUUAAGGGAAAAGUCUCAAUUCCAUGAUGUGACUGCUAGAAUAUUUCAGCUGAUAGGUAGUGGAGAUGUCGGUGAACUUGAAUACUACUUGUCAACCCACAUCAAGUCUGAGAUUGUUAAACACACUCUGUUCCCCCUUCAUGUUAACAGACGACGCAAGAGUUUAAGCUCCACUGCCCCACCGUUCCUCAAUGUAGCCUGUGAACUAGGGUAUCGCAGUAUUGUGGCACUACUACUAGAAUAUGGAGCAAAUCCUCUUCAAGAAACAGAGGAGGGGACGCCUCUUUAUGUAGCUACUUUGAAUGGUCAUGAUUCUAUAGUACAACUGUUGGUGCAACAGCGGCCAGAAAACUACCUAGAAAUAGCACAGAUUAUUGUCGAGAAUAGAAUUCAAGAUUGUACAUUGGAAACUAUCGAUAUGUUUCCGGGUGUGAUGACAAACUUGUUGGAGAGAUGGGUGCAACCUUACGGACACGAAUCACAGAAAUUAAAAGCCUACUGGAGUGGAAGAGGACUUCAUGCAUUUCAGGAGUUCUGGAUUAAGGAGCCUACCUAUCGUGAUUAUUUAUAUGCCAUUGAUCUGUCGGACAACCAUGAUCUCCGGCGCAUUCCAGCCGAAUUGAUCUGGUCACAUCCUUAUUUGGAAAUCCUAGACAUUUCCAACAACCUGCUAGAAAGUCUACCAGAACCACUCCAGGCAGAUGUCUCCAACAAUUCCAGGCUGGUGAAUAUCAAUGCUUCCAGGAAUGAGCUGCAUUCAGUACCCUUGGCUUACUUCAACCUACCGCACCUGCAAGUCCUUGACCUCUCGCGCAACCUGCUGACGUCACUACCAAAGGCCAGCACCACCAGUCUUUGGCAGUGUCCAGAUUUAUCUGACCUAGACAUCUCUCGUAAUCAACUCUCAACCAUUCCCAAAUCUAUAGAGGGUGCUACACAACUUACUAAGUUGAAUAUUGCGUAUAAUAAAUUGAAGUGUCUACCAACAAGUUGGAACUGCCCAUUAGAAAGACUUCAUGCUGAGUUUAAUGCCAUCACUACUCUGCCCUCUGACCUCGACAAAUUUUGGAAACGGACUUUACAGUACUUGAAUCUUUCUAACAAUGGUAUUGAAGCCAUCCCACAAUGCAUCACUGAACUCAUCGCCCUCAACUCUCUGAAAUUGUCACGCAAUAGCAUCCAAUCAUUACCAGUGGAGCAAGACUGGAAAGUUCAAAGGUUAAAGCACUUGGACCUGUCUCACAAUUUCUUGGUCUUUCAUCAAUCUCAGCAAGCACAGGCAUCUACAGAACAGUCAUCUUUAUCAAAACUGAAGAAGAAUUUCUUGUCAAUUCGACCGUUUAGUUCUUCGUCAUCAGAUGAGCAAACCUGUAAUCUACAUAUACAAACAUCGCUAGCCUUUCCUGCUGAGAUCCAAAAUAGCUUAAAUAUCUUAUCCUUAGCUCACAACUUAAUGGAAGCUGUUCCGGAUGGAAUCACUACCAUGUGUUCUCUGGCUGAACUGGACAUAAGUGGAAAUUCCAAAAUUCAAAGUAUCCCAGAAGAACUAGGACUUUUAAAGAACUUGGAUAUCCUGCGAUUUGAUGGUGUGCGUCCAACUAAUCUACCCAACCACCUGAUUCCAGACAUUGCACAAAGGAAAGUACUCACCAAAGACGUGCUGCGAUGUCUACGAAAUAGUCUGCGCAAGGCUGUACGACACCUCGGGAUUAAGCUCCUUAUUGUGGGGCCAGAGAAAUGUGGUAAAACAACAUUAUUAGCAAGUUUAAAGAAAGUUUCCAAGAAAGAAAUUUUAGAAACGAAGAUUGAAAACUCUUGUAUCAACAUUGGUGAUUGGAAACUCAGAAAUUAUUCCAAUAAAAAGUCUACUAAGGAUGUUGAUAUUGUGAUUACGUAUUGGGAUUUAUCAGGAGCUGAGAAAUUUGACACGAUCAAUCAGUGUUUCCUGACUCCACAUGCUCUCUACCUUGCUGUAUGGGACAUGACAGAAGGCAUCGAAGGAAUUGAAAAGCUUCGUCCUCAUCUCCUCAAUAUCCAGGCAAGAGCACCCAAGUCUAAUGUGAUCCUUGUGGCAACUCACAAGGAUGAUUACACCGGAGCAGGGGAAGAUAAGCAGAAGUUGAUGGAACACAUCAAGGCAUGCUUCAUCCAUAAAGAAGGCUACCCACACAUAGAUGGAGUAAUCACUUUGGCAGCUACCCAGCCCAACAGCGAUGCUAUGAACAAGCUAAGAGAGUUAAUUUACUCAGCUUCAAUGAUGCUGACAGAUGGCAAGGAAAAGCUACUCCAGAAACAGAUUCCAUUGAGUUAUAUCAAGCUGCGAGAGAAAAUCAUCGCUAAGAAAGAGCAGCUACUGAAAUCUGCGCAAGAAGAUGCUAUUCCUCCAGUUAUGACAGAGGCAGAAUUGAACGACCUUGUGAAGCAGAUUCCAGAUAACGACAUCACCACUGACGAUGACCUCCAACAAGCGGUGCUUUUUCUCAACCACACUGGAACCAUCUUGCAUUAUGAUGAACAACUUCAUGGUUUAAACACCAUUUACUUUCUUGAGCCAGCGUGGCUUAGUAGCAUACUAUCUGUUGUUACUAGGUUACAACCCCAUUUGGUUGAGCAAGGAAGAAUAGAGAAGUGUACAUUAAAAGAACUGUUAGCAAUGAAUAGAUGUCGUGAUGAUUUGAUAGAGCGGUACAUUCAGCUUUUGGCACGCUUUGAAAUUAUCCUUCCGUAUGAUGAUAACAAGUUCAUCAUUCCUUCGAAGCUUCCAAAGGAGAAGCCAGGAUUUAUCCUGAAUACUAAUAAAUUUGGGAAGAAGGCCCUGAAGAUCCAACGUCUUUACAAGAUGGCUUUCAUUCCCACUGGUUUCUGGAGUCGUCUUGUUUCCAGACUGAUUGUCAAUUUGCAGUGGCUUGAAAGCACAGGAAGCGGCAACUCUAAACAUGUCAGAAAGAAACUGCGGAACAUGACACUUGGAGGGUCAACCAUUGUCAAGCGGCAGUCCUUCAUCAUGGCAGGUUUUAAGUGGGAUGGACGACAAACCAUCUACUGGCGUCAAGGAAUAGCAGUGACUCAGGGAGGCAACAAAGGCUUCUUCAUUGUCGAGCCGUACUACUUCCAUCCGGAUGGGUCGAUGGGAAUUAGCAUUUCCAUUGAAAGCUACAUGGGUGAUUUUUCUCCAUUGGGAUUCAUAGUUGAUCAGGUGGAAAUGCUGAUACAGGAGUGGUACCCAGGGUUCAGUGGUGAUGAUAUACUUGGAGGGACUAAACUGUUGGAACGUCUGGUUCUUUGUUCUGAUUGCUUAUCGAAACAAAAGGCGGAGGUGAGUGUUCGUCAGUCAGUGUUCCAGGGCAAUAUUCAUACUUUCACGCUGACUGAGUGUGCCGUAGCUGUUUGCAAUAACGCGAUUGACCUUAUAUGUCCCAAUCAUGUUGAACUAGAAGUUCCUUUGAAGCUACUAGUUCCUGAUCUCCUUUUGGAAGACAUCUCUGUCACAAAAAUACUUGAUGAAGAUUUGCAUUUGAUUAAGGAAUUAAAUUCUGGUGGGUUUGGAGUCGUCUAUAAGGCAAAGUACAAGAUGGAAAAUGUUGCUGUCAAGAAAUAUCAUUCAACUCCAUCAAAGUCCAAAACGAGGAGAAGUGGUCAUCAUAGUCAGUCAUCAUCUGGUGGAGAGGAAUCAAAAUCUGCAACAUCUUCUCUGGGGCUGCCAUCAAUAGAAAAUCUCUCUGAGAAGGAGAUCAAUGACAUUAUUAGAAGCUUAUCCCAACUGCGAGCGGAAGUGUCCUUAAUGUCUCGAUUGCAUCAUCCAUUUAUUAUAUCCCUCAUUGGGUUAUCUAUUUCAAAACUUUGCUUUGCGAUGGAGUACGCUCCACAUGGAGACCUCAUGUCAUAUCUGGAUGAUCAGAGCAGUCGAAGAUGUGCUUCAGCCAAAUUUGGAGCCGCUGAACAAGGACUGCCUUUAGAUGUUAAGCUUACAUUCAAGAUUGCUAAUCAGAUUGCAAGUGCAUUAUCUUAUUUACACAAGAAGAGUAUAAUAUACUGCGAUCUCAAAACAGACAACGUGCUGCUGUGGUCGCUGAAUGUCAACGACAAGAUCAACAUAAAAAUGACAGAUUAUGGCAUUUCUAAGGUAAACAUCAUGCAGGGGGUGAGAACCUCAAAAGGUGCCCCCGGAUUCCGAGCACCAGAAGUGGAGAGGGGAAUGACUUUCGACCAGAAGGUGGACAUUUUCUCGUAUGGAAUGGUUCUGUACCACCUGCUGACUGGGAUGCCCCCAUUCCAUGAUCAAGGGCGGGGUGAGAUCUCCAUGGCAAUCAGGAACAACCAACGACCUGGUUACAAAUUUAAGGAGUUCAAUGUUGUACCAGAAUUCCCACAUCUUGAGGAGAUAGUUCAGGCAUGCUGGAGGGAUGACCAACAAGCUAGGCCUUAUAUAGGAGAAGUACUCACAGCAUUCAAGGACCCUAGCUUCUUAGCUAUCCAGCGGGUUGUUGAACAUAAGGAACCACUUGACUGUAUCUAUAGCUCUGUUACUAACUCAGGUACAUAUGAGUUAUGGACUUGGACUGGAACAUCUGAAUCCCGCAAACUUAGGAGAACUUCUUCAAGAAGGAAAGAGAAAGAAAUUGGAAUAGAAGAGAAGAAUAUCCAAGGAUUCACAGUCGCUUGCAUGUUGAAGAUAGGCCAAAGUAUCAUCUUGGGUUCAAAGACUGGAAGAGAUGGUGUUAUACAAGUUAUGACAACCCCUACUGGAGGAAUGGAACAUUCUGAAAUAUUAAGUAAAACCAACUUGUCAUCUGCCCCUAUUUGUAUGACAUAUGCAAAUAAGGAUGAUGGUUCCUCUGCAUCUCACAUUUUUAUUGGUCAAGAGAAUGGUCAAGUGUCCAUAUUCAAGUAUGAAGAGAAGGACAGCAUUGAUGGACCACUAAUCAACCCACCUGAGUGGACACUGGUCAAGACUUUGGCCCUUAACAUAAACCAUGAACCCUGUAAUUGUAUGGCUUGUGUCAAUGAUGGCAGUGAGAUCUGGAUUGGCUCUGAGAAUAACAUUCACAUCAUAAAUUGUCGCGACCUCAACCAGUUAGAUCCAAUUAAAGUGGGUGCAGAUGAGGAAAGACUGGUUGUAAAGAUCAUGGAGUCUAGAGGAGAUAAACUCUGGUGUUCUUGUGCCUCUCCUGCUGAUGUCUUUCAGUAUAAUGUCAAAACUCACAAACGCGAGUACACUCUACAUUGUUCUGAAUCUGCACAAGGCUGGGUCAUCACCAUGGAAACAUCUAAUUUGUACAAAGGUCGGAGGGUACAGUUGCGGUCAAAGGAUUCACAGGACAUGGAAGAUUCUGAGGUCAGUGGGAGCGAUAAUAAAGAUGAAGAUCGAAUGUUAGCCUUUAAUUUUGGCCAUUACUCCGAGAAUGACGAUGAGCAGACCGAGAAAUGUAACCCAUCAAGAAGGAAGUCUGACUCUAUUAUCCAUGUUUGGGGCCAGCAAAAAAAUGGAAAGACCUACACAGAAUUCCUUCGAGAGCAUUCUCGUCCUGCAUGUAAAAUUAAAGCAUUACUGGUCAUCAAAGAUACACUAUGGGUGGGGCGUAGUCAUGGUGAUAUUCUUGUCAUUAAUAUUAAUGAAGACAGUUCAUAUCAUUACAAAUAUGGUGAAGUGUUGGGUGUACUUUCUACGUACAAUCUGACACAGAUUGAUUGCGGAGUUGUAGAACAUUUGAUUCGCCUUGGUUCGGAUCAAGUCAUUGUUUCACGACUGUUGCCCCCUAAAGGCUCGAAUGAUGGAAACAUGUUUAAGCUAGCCCAGCACAACCACUCAGCUAAACCCAGGCAACAGCUGCUUUAUUUACAAGCAUGGGGAUGCGAAGAGUUCAGUUGGUUUGAAAAUAAUAAGAGGAAACUCGUAGAAACUGAAGUGAAUUGGUCCCAACGAAAGCAAAAAUCACCAGAGAAGAAACUUACACCAUCUAAGCUUGAUGUCACAAUUUAAGGUCUGUUUUUAUGUACAACAGUGGUUUAAUCUCAUUUCAAAUAGUCUUAAAAUAAUACUUAAAUCAAGUGGCUUUGUGAGGGCUGUGAAUAAAUUAUGUUGAAUUAAUUACUUAAUCUACUGAAGGUUCACAUUGUACAUAAACUAUUAAUAAUAAUUAUUCUCCUAUUGAUUGUCAGCGUAAUCUCAAUGAAACAUCAUGGUUGGAAGUGGUUUGGUUUCCAAACCCUCGAGGUCAGGGUUUCAAUCCCUAGCUAUGCUCUUCGCUUGCUUCCUUGAGCAAGGCACUUUAUCUGUUUUCCUUCUCUCCACCCAGGAGUGUAAAUGGGUACCUGGUGGGGUUGCCUGCUAUGGCAGCAAUACUUAAGCAUGUGGACCCAAUAACCAGGAAAAACAAAGCGCUUCCUAAAGGAACGGCUAUCUAAACACCAAAUAACAAUUAAUAAACAUCAAGUCAGCAAACUGCUAAAAUUGCUGAAGAAAUUUGCGCAAGACCUGACCUGACCAAAUUACGAACAUAUUGACAGACACUCUUUACUUAAUCCUCAAUCAGAAUAUUUACAAAAUAUGUAUGUAUUCCAUAAUUACUAAAUUAUGUUUAAUGUGAAAUUAAAAUUAUAUAUAUUGUGUCUACACUAGCUAAGCUAGUAUAUGAUUAUCAAUAAAAAAUAGAUUGUAGCAUCGGAUGGGGAGCAAGGAGAGUGGGUGAUGGAUUAAUUUUAGUGGCUGCAAUAAUGAGUGAGGGAAGAGGGAGUGGAGAAGUGGGUGAUUGGAGACUGAGUGAUAGAGGUAAUGAGAUGUUGUAUGGUAGGAAGAGGGGGAGCAAGGAGAGGGUGGAGUCCAGGGGAGUGAGGUGAGAUACAAUCUCCCUCUAGAGACCCCUCCAAUUAAAGACCACUUUUCUGUGGUUCCAAAUUAACAAAUGUCUUUUAUCUUUAUUAUUAUAAUUAGAGACUAAAGCUACUGAAGACCAUGAAAACCCUGGCCCAAAAAGUGGUUUUUAAUUGGAGGGAAUCCCGUAAACAAUUAACAAUAAUCACUAAUUAGAGGAAGUGAAUGUUUUUUUAGUGUCCUCACAGUUUGUGAUGUGAAUCAGUCAGUGGCGUCGAGAGUGGGGUCAGGGGGUCGCUGCCCCGGGGCCCGGGUCUACUGGGGGACCCGGACCAAGAUGAAAAAUUUUCGAGGUAAGAACAAAAUCUCCAUAGGGCCCGAGCCCAAGCCAGGAUGAAAACUUUUGUUGUCAGAUUUCGGAGGAGACUUAAUUUGGGGAGCAGCCGAGGGGGGUCCCAAGUGAAGGAAAGGCAUGUGAGGUUUUGCCCCGGGACCCUUACUGGCUCUCGACACCACUGGAAUCAGUGUUUAAGAUUCUCUUAUGUUUCCCAUCCUACCCAAUAAAAUAAAAUAAUAAUAAUUAUUAUUAUAAAAUGAUUUUCAUUUUGAGACCAUCAUUUUUUAAGCUGGGCAUCCACUGCGCUCGACGGUCGUCGGCAGACGAAAUUCUAUGGAAAACGCAACGCGGGCUCCACAGCUCGUUUUUAAUGACAUCCUAGCCUACCACCGAAAAUUGACAGUGAAUGGAGCUGACUCAUAGGGAACAGAGUUGAAUUCCUCGUAUGACAGUCGUACGACGCAGUGAGUGCCCGGCUUUACGAUUUUUUUAUAUAAAAUAAGAGCCUGCAUGCACUGUUCACCCACUCUCGCGUAUGUUUUUUACUCUAAUGAAAGUGAGGUGGAAGUGGAUAACCAUAAUAUCUAUAGUAAUAAUAUCAACUGCAUAUUUAUUUAUAUAACAAUUUUAUAACAAUAUAUUUUGUUUAUAAUUCUUAGCAAUAAUAUUAUCAAUAUUUAGUAUUGUUUUUGUAUUUAUAUAUUAUGUUAUUAUUAUUAUUGUUAAUAUUACCACUAAUACUAGCGUCAUCAUCGCUAUAACCACUAUGAGUUAUGAUUGAUAACAUUGUCGUUAUUUUUUUUAUUAUGUAUUGUUUAUUUAGUAUUCCAUUAUAAUUGUCGACCUUGUAAUAAAUCUGUUGAGUACUCAAUAAACUCUCCACAGCCUUAACCAUGGGGUGGCUGAGGUACUCUACACUCUCCAUCUGUGAAAGUCCCUCCCUGGGCACAUCUAUUCCGGAUUCCUGGAUCCACCACUAACUGAUGUGAUGCGGCUAUCCGUUUUUUCGGAGUAUAAUUAAUCACAUCCAGAUCAGAUCUGCUACCACCAGUACUCUUCUACUACUUCCACUGCUCCUGCUACUACUCUUCAUUUAUUCAUACAUAAUUAUGCUGAAGCAUUUUACAAAACCUCAGUAUAUAUAUCAACUUCAACUUAUUUUGUAACUAUUCAUGAUAUUACCGCAUAAUGUCAGAAUCUAUUGUCACAAAUUGAAUGUUUUUUGACAUGGUAAAAAUUCUAUGCUAAUUUAAUUGCUAGAUGUUAGUAAAUUCAUUCAACUUUGUAAUUGCAUGUGAAAAGAAUCGUAGUCAUUUAUUUGUUAAUAUCACUUAACUAUUUUAGAUGGACUUAAUUUUGUGAUCAUUCCACACGAAAGCAAUGGAAAUUAUAGUUAUUGUUAAGUGUGUAAUAUAUGGAUAAUGUGUACAUAUGUAUAAGUAAUCAUUUUAUUUAUAUGUAUAAAGUCUGUUAGUAUAAAUAUACAUUAUGUGUUUGCAUAUUUGUUCACAUUUAUCUGUCAUUCACUCUAAAACCAUAUAAGUGUCCAAUCUGCAAUACAUUCAUUAUGGUACGCAAUAAAAUUAUUAAAUCUAAA